AUGGUCAUGAACGGGUCGUCCAAGUUUCGAUAUCUGUGCGGAUUGAUCAACGAGCACCUCAUCAACUACCAGGGGCAGACCAGACAACUGUCAAUUGAGAACCGAUUCCUCGGCUUUUGCCCACCACAAAUAUGGGUGAGUGAUAUUGACUACCAUGACCGUGGUCCUGUUACGAACAACUACCACCAUGGUAACCAUUGUUGCAAAUGGGUUGGCUCUGCCACCAAUCCUCCUCCCGCCAAGCUUCCUCCCGCCUCCACAGCCGCCAACACCACGCAUGCCACCAAGGCCCGGGCCGGGCCGAAAGAGGCCACGAGCCCGGCCUCUGAAAAAGGGAUUCAGCGUUAUCAACGGCCAGCAAGUCGAGCACCAGUAGUGGCAGUAGAGUUCGAUCCACUGCAAGGGCCUCCGCAAGGCUCCAGAGUCCCCGGGCCUACGACACCGAACUGGGCGCAGCCCUGGCGGCCGCGCACACGCGAGAUGUUUUCCCUUUCAUUCUCAAGUCGUGUUCGUCUCUUGCAGCUUCUCGGUUACUACACUCCUGUUCCUGAUUCCGUUAAAGAUAUGCCGCUCAACGUUGCCGGUCGAACCGGUGCAGUUCGUGCUGCGGAGCGAGAGGUCAAGUCUAAACUCACUCGUACCCAGCGUAGUUGUGUCGUGCUUCUGGAUCCCGUCAGUGCUGUUGAUUGGGCAACCAAAAAUGGUAAAGAACAUCAGAAGGAGCUAAAGAAUCGGUGGCAUCGCGACGCGGUACUUCUCCAAGCUCGUGGAGAAGAAGCCAGCGAACCUUGCAGUCAGUGCGAAGAACGGCGGCGUGUUUCAGUCUUGCGUCGCAGCGCACGAAGUGUCCAACGCUGA